AUAACGCCUCUCAUAUCUCUUGAUCAUGUCCAUCAUUAUACCUGGAUGCAGAAGGCUUGAUUUCCCAGCUUGGAGGAAUCGUGGAUAUGGCCGUGCAAAGAAUUGACCCUGACGGGGACAUAAGCAUAAUCGAUCCUGAGGGGGACGUGAUGCUGCUGGUCAUGAGGGAUGAUGACGAUGAGCAUGAGAAUGAGAAGGAGACAGAAUGUUCCUCAGUGCAUCUCCCCCCCUUAUCCCCUUCAAGCAUGGAAGAAGAAGCCAACAUCGAUGCCGGUCACUCGUCUGCAUCUGAAUUAAAUCUCACACCCGACGAAGACCAAGCGCUGUCUCAUAACCAAGAUGAUGGGGAUGAGCAGAGCAAGACAGAAGAAGAUGACGAGGAAGACACAAAACUAGAGAAACGGAGAAAUCCCAUCCAAAUGAAGAUCCAAGUAUCCUCAAAACACCUUUCCCUUGCCUCGGGGUACUUCAAAGCACGACUUAAGCCUGUUUGGCCAGAAGGUCAGACGCUGGAAGCAAACAAAUACGUCGAACUCCCGCUCCACGGCUGCGACCCGGAGGCCCUCUUGAUCCUCAUGCAGGCCAUCCAUGCCCGGACAAGAAAUGUGCCGGGGAACGUCAGCCUGGAGCUCCUGUAUGAACUAGCCAAACUGGCGGACUAUUUCGAUUGUCUUGAAGCGGUCGACUUCUUCGCUAGUCGCUGGAUAGAAAGUGUCAGUUAUACAUUUGUGACGGAUGAUAUGGAUCGUUUGAUGACAUGGCUCUUUAUUUACUGGGCUUUUCGGAGGAGACGGGGGUUUGAGAAGGCAGCUCACGCGGUGUAUAUGCAGAGUACGGGCAGGAUUAUGGAGUUGAGGUUUCCGGAUUCGGAUCUUUUGCAGUUCAAAAUCGAGCACACCAGACAGAUAUUCAUCGGCAACAUCAUCAAGUCCCUCUACGACCAGAUAAACAGUAUCAUUCACUGCGAGGAAUACAGCUUUGAAAGCGAACCGACUGUGACCGGGGAACUGCUUCUUGAACUGCGAUACCAAAAGCUGUAUCCCCAUCCAGCACCGCCCUUCACUGGCCUGAGUCUUGCAUCUCUCGAGAGGGCGGUUCGGGGUCUCGUGAAUGCACGCCACGUCUUCUACGGUUCCGGUCAUUUCCCUUUGAUUCCCCGGGCAGUGGAGGGCGAGCUUCUGCGCCAACUGCAUGAUGCUGCUCAUGCUGUUGACUACACCGAGUAUUUUCCAGGAGACCGACCAUGCAGGAAGUCUACCGGGAAACCGGAAUAGCCAGACAAGAAUUGGAAGUCACAAAUGUAAUCAUAGAUC